GUUCAAUCUGCUCUCAGGAUGACGCCUCCUGGGAUUACAGGCAGCUGCGUCUGCGAGAGAAUUCGCUACGAACUAUCGGGACAACCAAUCGCCAACAUUAUCUGCCACUGCGACACAUGUCGCAAAAUCACCGGGUCCGUCUUCAUGGCAAAUAGCAUGUAUAUGAAAGAGAACUUCAAAAUCAUCAGCGGAGAAGACGUUCUCAAAGUCUACGACGAUAAACCAUCAGGUUCAAAGAAUACGAUUCAUCGACAUUUCUGUUCAAACUGCAGUUCGCCCAUCUACACGACUUCGACGGGGACCCCAGAGUAUGAGAAUAUGCUUACCGUCACGUCCGGCACUAUGGACCUAGGGGAGCACUCGUGGAAGCCUUCGAUGGAGUUGUUUUGUAUGAGACGACGAAGGUUUAUUCCCCCGUUUGAGGGGACGGAUCAACAUGAGAAGGGUCCUCAAGGGGGCUUCUAG